AUGCUGCUCCCGGUCCUGUUCGUUCACGUCGUCGCCUCGUUGCUCUAUUGCAACCCGCUCCUCGCGGCGGGUCAGGCCGCUGCUGCCGCUGCGUAUUCCCCUCUAUUGGUGCCGUGUCCAGCAGGCUUCUCGUUGGUUCGCGAGGCAGGCACUAAUGCCCAGUCUCAAACACUCAGCCAAGGGGAGCUCGCGUACAUCUCAGCCAAGCAAGACGGAGUACUCCCGGACGCGUGGAGCACUUAUCUCUCUUCCGUGGAACGCAGCACGAGCGGUAGCUCACUGCCACCGUAUGUCUCCGAAAUUCUUGGAGGGAAUUAUGGCUGGACGGCCUAUCCGAGGUUAGGCAUUGCGACAAGCGGGGGCGGGUACCGCGCGGCGACGUUCGGAGCAGGUGUAUUGAACGCCCUCGACGGCCGCAACGCCUCGGCAGUCGCAGCUGGUACUGGUGGCCUCCUGCAAGCGGCGACGUACCUAGCCGGACUAUCGGGAGGGAGCUGGCUGGUGACGUCGCUCGCCCAGGCGAAUUUCCCUACAAUCCCAGAUCUUGUAUUCGGGACCGCGGCUGCCAGUGCAGCGGGCUUUGGCGGCUGGAAUGCGGAAUUCGACUUAUUCGAGCCGAGCAACAGCACCGCCGUCAACGCUGCGUACGUGCUUGACCUCAUCGAAGAGGUAGAGGGAAAGCAUGCCGAAGGCUUUCCUGUGACCCUGAGCGACGUCUGGGCUCGAGCACUUUCGAGGCAUUUCGCCAAUGGCACGGAUGCGGCGAACUUCUAUGACACGAGCGUCACCCACGGUGCGGGUAUAAUUUUCUCUUCGCUGGCCAAUUUAGACACGUUUCAAACAUACGUGCAACCAUUCCCUAUACUCGUCUCUGACUCAUACUCACCGAAUGAGAACACCUCUGCAUAUGCAGACCUGGCGUACGCUUAUGUCCCGCUGACAAACCCGAUCUAUGAGUUCAAUAUCUAUGAGUUUGGCUCAUACGAUCCAACGCUCGGUGCUUUCGUACCCAUGGAAUACCUCGGCAGUACGAACACCAGCACCUGCGUUACAAAGUUUGACCAAGUCUCGUUCGUCGAGGCGCUGUCCGCAAGCCUCUUCAACGAAUACAACACCUCCGCCGCCGCUCUGCAAAACUCGUCCGUAUACGAGAUCAUAGAGAUCCUCGAAGAGCUGAUCCCCGAGUCGGACAUCGACUACACCGUCGGUAUCGUGCCGAAUCCGUUCCAAGGCCUGCACCCGGAGACGUUCAUCGACACGAACGAGACGUACCUGCAACUUGUCGAUGGCGGAGAAGACGACGAGACCGUGCCGCUUCAGCCGCUGCUCGUCAAAGCCCGCGAGGUCGACGUCAUCUUCGCUAUUGAUGCGGCAUCAGACACGGAGUACCACUGGGUAGACGGGAGCUCCGUCAUCGCCACCCAAGAGCGCAUGGCAUACUUCGUCGGGACUUACUCCUUCCCGCCCGUGCCUCCAGACAACGCCACCUGGCUGGCUGAAGGGCUCACCAGACGUCCGACCUUCUUCGGCUGCAACAGCAGCGCCGCGUCCGGCGCACCGCUCCUCAUCUAUUUAGGAAACGGCGGUCCACCGCUAGGCCAGACUACCGGAUACACGAACACGUCGACGGCGCAACUCGCUUACAGCGCGGACGAGCUGGAGGUGAUGCUAAGCCAGACGUUUGACGUCGCGACGCAGGGUAUCGCGAUCGAAACGGCGGAUGGAUGGGAGAAGGACCCGGAGUACGCGAGCUGUUUGGCGUGCGCGGUUGUCGAUCGGGCGAGGGAGAGGCAGAACAUCGAGAGGAGUGGGCUCUGCGCGAGUUGUUUGGAGCGGUAUUGCUGGAGUUAA